GACGGACGGUAUCACGUGGUGCAGGCGGUAAUAGUCACGUGGGGCAGUGUCCGGGACGCUCGAGCGUAGCAGUUGGAAAUGGCGAGUCAGUCGCAGGGGAUUCAACAGCUGCUUCAGGCCGAGAAACGGGCGGCGGAGAAGGUGGCUGAGGCUCGGAAACGAAAGAAUCGCAGAUUGAAGCAAGCAAAAGAGGAAGCUCAAGCUGAGAUUGAACAGUAUCGCCUGCAAAGAGAAAAGGACUUUAAAGCUAAGGAAAAUGAUGCACUUGGUUCACAUGGUAAUUCUGCAACUGAAGUUGACAAAGAAACCCAAGAGAAAAUUAGGAAAAUUGGAGCAAGCUAUGAAGAGAGCAAGGAAGUUGUCUUGAAUACUCUUCUUGGUUUGAUUUAUGACAUUAAACCAGAAAUUCAUGUAAACUUUCGCAUUAAUGGCUAGAACUGCAAUGUAGUUUUGCCUUAAGGAAUAAAAACAACUGUUGGAAUAGCAAUAUUUUGUAAUAUUACCAUGAUUAUGCAAACUUAUUUGUGCAGCACUUCUCAAUAAAAUCUGCAUCAGAUGAACUUUGAAAAAGGGCAGUUUGAGUUUCUAUUAUAAAGUGUCCUUAUUAAUGCUGAAACCAAGUAUUCCUUGUUUCUAUUAGAUUUUUCAUUUAAAAACUAAAGGUGCUAUAACUGUCAUAAAGCAAGAUACUACCUUUAAUAACAGUAGUAAUUUUAUGGUGGGUUUACAUGAGAACAAAAACCCAUUGUGUGCACUAGAAGUAUUGCAUCUAAAAACAAAUGCUGGACAUUUUCUAAAAUUGAGAACAGGGAAUUUAUUAUUACUUUGUCAAUUGGUUCUAAAUUGGUGGACCAAGUUGCAACUGAGUGAAGUCUUCUGCAAUUGUGCAUCAUUUAAUGUUCCAAAAAUGGUAUAACUGUUCUUGAUGGAGCAGUGUACCUGUCAUUAAAAUCAGAUUUAAAAGUAAGGGCUUGCUAUAUUGAGUUUUCUUUCAGAAUCAAAGCUGUUUAACAGUUCAAAUGUCUUCUAGGUUGUAUCGGUGUUUGAUUUAGUGUUAUGCAGUGUGAUGUUACAGCGCAGUAGUUUGGAUCAGUUCUUUAUAAUUUCAUUUGAACUACCUCCUUUUUGUCUGUUGUGCUACCUUUUUUUUGUUUUCUGUAAAAUUGUAUUCAAGUAUUUUAGCUCCAAAUAAAUCUAUAGAAUAAAAGUC